AUGACCGACCGCGACGCCCUCACCAGCCGCCAAGUGCCCUCAAUGACCCUCAGCACCGGCACACCCACCUCCAAAACAGCGCCAACACCACACGCAACAAGCGCCGCCCAGCGCUUCGCCGUAACCGGCAACGCAGUAGUCACCGGAGGCGCCGGGACACUCGGUCUAACAGCCUGUACUGCCUUAUUGGAACACGGUCUCCGCGGCCUCCUAAUCCUAGAUAUGAACCCCAGCACCUCUGAGACAGAAAUCAACGAUCUCAGAACCCGAUUCCCCGAGUCAAAGAUCCUAACCGCAAAAGUCGACAUCACAGACGAAGCAGCCGUCGACAACGCCUUUGAAAAAGCAGCGCAGGAUCUCGGAUCCGUCGAUAUCCUCUUCUGUUUCGCCGGGAUAGUAGGCUGCGCCGACGCACUGACCCUGCCGCCGUCUCAAUUCCGGCAGGUCCUCGACGUGAACACCACGGGGGCGUUUAUCUGCGCGCAGGCCGCCGCCAGGCGCAUGGUGGAUCAGGGCACCGGCGGCGCGAUCACCUUCAUUGCGUCGAUCUCGGCGCACCGGGUGAAUUUCCCGCAGCCGCAGAUUGCGUAUAACGUGUCGAAAACGGGGCUGCUUAUGAUGAAGAAUUGCCUGGCGGCGGAGUGGGCGAGGUAUGGGAUUCGGACGAAUUCGAUUAGUCCCGGGUAUAUGGAUACGAUUUUGAAUGAGGGGGAUGGGCUGCAGGGGCAUAGGAGGAUUUGGGCGGAGAGGAAUCCGUUUGGGAGGAUGGGGGUGCCGGGGGAGUUGACGGGGGCGGUUGUGUUGCUGGCGAGUGAGGCUGGGGGGUAUAUCAACGGGGCGGAUAUUGUUGUUGAUGGGGGUGGGAUUGUUUUUUAG